CGCUGCUGAGCCUGCGACGUUAGCAGUGGAUGAAAAAAAAAAUCUCUUUGCUUCAGCCAACGGACGCAUAAUUUGGAAAGGAAAUAAGUGAAGCCCCAGGCCCAGUUUUGUUUCCUGUUACCUUGGCAUAACAACCAAGGACCUGGACCGAGUACAAGAGGAGGAAAAAUACCAACUCAACCACCUUCCAACCUUACCUUCCCUCACCAGAAAGUUUUCACAAAGGACACACAGCAGAGUGACCACAGUGAGACAGGAGUGCUCUUUGAGAAGAGGCAACGACGAAAGCAAACAGAUUCUCCAUUAUUCCAAGGAUCUAUCCUUUUGAGUGAGUCUGAAGCUGAAGCCAAAGGAGGGACUAUGAAGACAAGCUGUGUCACCCCGCAUUGCAGUCCAACAAGAUAUGAUAUAACAUGGGUCCCCUGCUAAUCACCAUGAUGACCAAAACGCUGUGACUGGCAUUGUGAAGCCUUCACCCCUUUUUCAGCACCCAACCCAGACCCUUCUCCUCUUUGGAAAUCCUGUCUAGCAACAUUUGUUGCUUCCCUUUCUCCUGCAAACACAACCUCCUCCUCUCCUGCCUGCACCCACGUUUUUCACCUUAAUAAUUCUAGCUUCCCCUUUUUCUUUUAUUUCUUUUCAUCGGCAUCAUGCAGGGUGCCUCUACCACCUCCACUCUCCUUUUUCUUAUGCUUCCCACCCUCCUAUUCUUCUCUCACUUUCCCUGCACGGUGAAUGGGGACUGCUGGCUCAUUGAGGGUGACAAAGGCUAUGUGUGGCUGGCUAUCUGCAGUCAGAACCAGCCACCGUACGAAACUAUCCCCCAGCAUAUCAACAACACCGUCCAUGACUUGAGAUUGAAUGAGAACAAGCUGAAAGCUGUGCUUUUCAGCUCCAUGUACCGCUUCACCAACCUUACUGACCUCAACCUCACCAAGAAUGAAAUCAGCUACAUUGAGGAUGGAGCCUUUGCAGGACAAGCCAACCUACAGGUUCUUCAGCUCGGCUACAACAAGAUGACAAACCUAACUGAGGGUAUGUUGAGAGGGCUCGGCCGCAUGCAAUGCCUCUUCCUCCAGCACAACCUCAUUGAGGUUAUAGCCAGCAAUGCAUUCUGGGAGUGCCCCAGCCUCAGCAGCAUUGACCUGUCAUCCAACAGACUUGCCCGCAUUGACCCAGCCACAUUUACGGUUCUUGCUCGGCUGAUGGUGUGUGAACUGGCAGCAAAUCCAUUCCACUGUGGCUGUGAUCUGUACAGCUUCCUAAUCUGGUUGGAGUCCUUCAACAAUGUGACGCACACCUAUGACCGCCUCCAGUGUGAGACGCCCCGGGAAAUGUUUGGCUACCCCUUACUCAUCGCUGCUGGUCAUGCUGGUCGGAAUGCCAAAAAUAUUUUGUACCAUCACUGCCGAGAUGGAGUGAUGAUUCCAGGUAUGACCUCCCUCCCACCAGAUCUGGAUGGUCCUUCAGGUAUUGGGCCAGAGAUGUUUAAUGGUGUGGGUCCAUACCACCAGCCCACCACCUCUUCCUCAUCCACUGAACACAGCUUCAUUCCCAGCAUCAAGCUCCAUCAUGUCUCUUUGUCAUCAGCCUCUCUCCUUGUACAGAUUCCAAGGCCCUACAGCAAGAUGUAUAUUCUAACACAAUACAACCACACAUAUGUGUCUGAUGUAAUGAAUUUGAAGAACAAGAAGGAGAUGAUUACCCUCAGCAAGCUCAAGCCGCAUACUAAUUACACCUUCUGUGUAGCAUCCAUCCGCAACUCUCAACGUUACAACCACACCUGCCUCCAGUUUUCCACUCGCGCUCAGAAUCAAGAUGACAUGCUCCCCACACCUUCCACUACUACUCACUACAUAAUGACCAUUGUGGGCUGCCUUUUUGGCAUGCUCAUUGUUUUAGGCUUUGUCUACUACUGUCUGCGUAAGAAACGGAUGCAUGAUGAGAAGAAGAAGUCCAUCUGCGUCAAGAAAACUAUACUAGAAAUGCGCUACGGACCAGAGGUGGCAGCAGCAGUGGCAAAUGAUCCAUCUGCAGUCCACAAGCUCCAGGAGCAGUCCAGAGAACAUCACCAGUAUCAGCACCACCAUGGAGGCAAACUUCCCAUGUCCGCAUCCUCUAGCUCGGGAAUGCUGCACUCAGCCAACACCAGUUCCUCCAGACUUUCCUCUAUUCCGCAAGUAGAAAAGAUGGCCACUGCCUUUUCAGAGGCCAUGGCUACAAGUAAAGGAAACUACAUGGAUAUCAGAACUGGAGGAGCAGGGCUGGAGAGGAUGGGAGAUGGUGGGCAUGGUGGGCUAGACUUGAGGGACGAUGAUGGAACUGAUAUUGGGGAUGACUCAGAUGAUGACGGACAUGGCUCAGCAUCAGAGAUUUCCACCAUUGCCAUGGAGGUGGACAAGGUUAACCAGAUCAUUAACAACUGCAUUGAUGCACUGAAACUGGAUGCAGCAGCAGUUGCUGCUUCAGGGGCCUCUACUAACCCUAUAUCCAGCUCCAAUCCCACCUCCCCUCCUCCCACAAGCACGUCCUCUCUUACUCGUGGCCUAAUCCCACUCUCCCAAGGGGUGACAGAGACGUGCCAAGUCAUGGCUCCAAACAAAAUACCCCCUCCGCCUCCGCUCCCUGCCUUGAAUACUCCUCUCUCUGAACGCCCAGGGAUCAGUGGUGGUGGCUUUGUUGUCACUCCCCCCUACAGGCCCCCUCCGCCAGCCACAGCUGUGCGUCCCAUUCAGCGGCAAAUGAGUGCCGAUGCAGCUGUGGUUAUUGUAAAUUCUGUCAAGAAACAGUGCAGCACCACCUCUUGUGGCUCCAUGGGUCGGGACAGGGAUCGUGGAGGAGCUAGGGUGUAUAGCCUGGAUGUUCCUGAGCCACGGAGCCCAGAUGCUUGUAAUCAACAACAGCAGCAGUACCCAGACCGGGCCAGUCCCGUGGGCUGUGGGGAGCCCCUAGAAAGGCUGCCUUUAGUGGGGAGUGGGAGCUGUGGUGGAGGGGGUGGUGGUGGUUGCGACAGUGGUGGUGUUGGUGCCCAACAUCAGGACAACCAGAAGCCACACCAUUAUCAUCAACAGCAACAAAUACAACAACAGCAGCAGCAGCAGCAGCUGGAGGUGCAGCAGGACUACCACUGCUCGGAGCACCGCCACUCUGUCCCAGCUCUAUAUUAUGAAGGCUCCCACCAAGGCUCCCCAGCCCAGAGGGUUUCCUUCCUUAAGCCCCUGACACGCUCCCGCAGGGAUGCAGCGUCUUACUCCCAGCUUUCGCCUGCCCGCCACCAUUCCAGUUACUCUGGCUACUCCUCUAGCCCAGAGUACUCCUCAGAGAGUUCACUGCGGAUCUGGGAGCGCUUUCGUCCCUAUCGGAAAGGCCAGCGCGAUGAAGCCUGUUACGUGACGGCCGGAAAUGCCCUUAGAAAAAAGGUGCAGUUUGCUAAAGGCGAGGACCUGCAUGACAUCCUUGAUUACUGGAAGGGGGUGUCGGCACAGCAGAAGCUGUGACUGGGGGACCAGAAAUAGGAAUUGUGGUAAGAAGAGUUUGGAUGCUCCUUUUCCUGAACGGCCCGUGGGCCAGAGGAACGAUUUGAAGAUCAUGGGGAGAAAAAUAUAGGACAAAAUUUUGCCUUUGGGUUUUUUUGGCAUGCUAGGUGUAUAGAAUUUUGUGCUAAAGCAAGGACUGUGAAACUGUGCCUGGGAUAUGAGAGUCAUGGUGUUUUAUUUUACACUUCAUUGUAGCACCAUUUCUGGAUCAUUCUCAUUGAGUGUUUGUGGGUUUUAUUUUUUCGCACAGGGAGCCAAUGCCAACUGUGUAAUUUAGUACUCUUUGAGUGAUCAUGUUUUGUGAUCCUAUGGACCGUCUUUAUCAGUGCCAUGUUUUCAUCUAUGGGUAAUCACAGAAGGUAAAUGCUGAUAUCCUUCAUUUUAAGCUUGUGGGAUCCAAGAUGUUGUUUCCUAUUUGGUAUUGGGUGCUGUAUCAAUUUGCAGAUAUGUUUAGGCUUCUGAGUGAAGGCAGACUAUGACAGGUGGGAUCUGUGCUCUGAUACAAGUGACAACAUGCUGUUUAGUGAACAGAUUUGUCAAAUGCAGGCCCUGUCCCUCUUCCUCAAGAUCCUUCAUGUGGCUGAGGUAUUUGCAUUUCAAUAGCAUCCGUCACACAGAAAGAACGGAAAAAUUGGAAACAAAUUAACAAUGUGAAAAUAGUCCAGUCGGCUUGAAGGUCCUGCAGUAUGAGGAAAUCACGAGAGAAAGAUUGUGUGGAACAUAACACUCAAAUAGUGCUUGGAUUGCACCCUGAGGUGUUUCACAUGUCCUUCCAACAAACACUCUUGCAUGGCUCAAUACGCGAUGUAAGGAAUGUUCCAUAGAUGUCUCAAGCUUUCCUAAACGGCAGUUGCCCAAGUCAUGAUCAUAAUUGUUUGCGUAAUUUCAAAGAGUACAGAGGGCAAAAUGAUGUCCCUUUAUGAAGGUAAUUAGAUGCUACUUACCUGUGCAACAGGGAAAUUUAACUAUGUGACAGAUGAGCUCACACAAUCCCUUUAUAGAAAGACAUGAGAGAUGUGACCCACAUGUGACAGAGACCAAGACAAACUGAAAGCGAGAGGGGGUAUAAAAGAAAAAAAAAAAAAAGGAAGACAAGCAAGGAUAUAAAUCAUUUUCUGCAGCCACUGUGGAUGUUAAGUAGAUUUCUUGCAGGUUAUGGGGAAAUCUCUUUGCAUCAUUCAAUGUGAGCACCGCAGUACAUUCCAAAUCCUUUCUCCAACAUUAAAACUGGAUUGAGGCACAGAGGGAAAGGACAUGUCUAAUUACUGCCAACAUGUCUGUUUUGUUCUGGAAAUUAAUGCUAUUGUCUAUUGAUAACUUAAUUAGUCGACUUGUGACAGGCAUGUUCGCUUGCACUUUACGCCUCAUGAUUGUGUGUGUGUGGCCGUGUGGUACACAGUGGUCAGUGUAAGUGCGUGUUGGCAUGCCUUGUCAGAUUAUAUUCUAUGUGCCCAAAUUGACUUAAAUUAAUAGUUGUCACAUCUUACCCAUUGGCUGUUCGUCUAAGUCUAAACAGUAUUAGAUAAUUAAUGGCAUGGACAAAUGUACAAAUGUGUUCAUUGUAUUUUCCCAGACAUCCAUCACAUGAUCGUGAUGCUCAGAUAUACACACAGUAGCGCAGUGCCUCUUGCUAACACAGCCAUAAUCUAAUCUCCAUUCUUGUAUAGUAUUAUCCAUCCACCUGGCCUUUGCUAUUGAAAUGAUGUGAUUCUCCUCAAUGAUAGUGUUAUUGCCUGGCAUUCUGACAAAAGACAUCCUGCUUACCCAAAGUGCUGUGUAGCCUUUGCUUUUUUUUUUUUUUCUUUUUUUUUUUUUUGCCAUUAUCAGCAAACAUACACAAUUUGAGACGUUCUACCCUAAAAAUGUGAAAACUGAAUCAAUGGUCCUUGCUCCACAUUUUUGUUCAGGGCUAUAUUCAAGAGGAAAAACAAGUUAUACAGACAAGUUUAAUCUUAGCAACAGUUUUCUCUCUCCUUUGAUCCUCAUGUCUUUACUAAAUGAUGUUCAUUUGUCCCACCUCCCACUACUUUCACUGCCCCCGCAGGUUUGAUGGGCUAUGGGUUUGGCGUGAGACAUGUCUUGUUGUGUUUUAUUAAAAGAGAAAUGUGAGAAAUAGCCUUUCUUGUAGGUAGGACUUGGGUCUGCACAACACAUCCCAACACUGCUUUUCUUCUUUUUUUAGAGCGGUCGAUUUUUUUUUUUUAGCACAUGCUUGACUCCUUUGAAUAAAAGCAGGUUAAAUAGGACUGAAUAUGCAACUACGAGAGGGUGGUUUGUAAUAGUAUCUCCAUAUUGAUCUGUGUAUUUCUUCCUCCCUCUUUGUUUUCAUGAAACGUCUAUCUCUGUCUCAUUUUCCUUGUUUUAUUAAGCUGUAUGCAUACAGUCAGGGUCAGAGGUCUUUAACCUUGGAGUCAGUGUUCUGCCGUGAGUGUUUACGAUUGAUCGGACUGCAUAAAUUCAAGAGCCUCAAUGUUGUCUUUUAGUACUAGCGUGUUUGGGACGCACCACCUCAUCCGCCUUCUUUAUACGAUAAAGCACCAUGUGAUGAACAUACAGUCUUGGAAAUGUCUGCCGCUGAUCUCCUAUUACGUGAGAUAAGAAAGUUUCCAAAGGAACUUGUUACUGUGAUUGACUCAGACAAAUCAGACGAAAGGAUUUUCUUUGCUGGUACCUUCCAAGAGUACCUAAUCACACAGAAGGAACGUGGCGCAUUUAACUCCCCAGAUCCUCAACUGCCAUAAGUUUACAGAAGUGGACACUGAGGAUAAGUGUAAAUGUUCAGUAAUAUCAGGAUUGCUCCUCAUUUCAGCUGCCAUUUAUGUUCAUCUAACAGACGAGAUGUAAUGUGACAGAAAAUCCUGAUUAUUACUGUUUUCAUGGAUGAUUUUUAAUUUCAUACAUUUUCUAUUUUAAUUAACAUAUUUAACGCACCAAUGUAUUUUUCAGGAAAAAAAAAGAGAUUUUCAGGGUGGACAGAUGUUUGUUCAAGUGCUCUUCUGCUCAGAUUUCAUUCAAACGUUUGUUUGAAUAAGCCUCUGUGAUGAUAAAGCAUUACUGGCCCAACAGACAACAUUGUCAAUGCUGGUGGGAGAAGUGCCAAUCUGUCUAAUGAUUUAUAAACAGUGUUUUCACCAUAGCUCAAAUGAGUGCUAUUGUUGGAGGGGAAAUUGUGUUUCCCAUCAUUAAUAAUAACUUGAAAGCCUGCUGCCAAAACAACCACAAAAGAGUCAUGGCAAAAUGGAAAUGAAGACAUGGAAUUCAAAACUGAUGAACGAGUCCUUCUAUAAGUCAGCUCAAAACAGUCAAAACAGGUACAAGUGUGAACAAACCUCUGCUCUUUAUUAUUGCUUGUUCCCCUCAAGCAAAGCAAUUACUGGUGGUUUAGACAUAACAGUUGUGUUAAUUGGCCUUGGAGGUUAAGCGGUAGUUAAUAAAGUUUUACAGUUCUGUUGUGGUUAUGUGAGAAGUUUAUAUCUAUAAUUGUCACUCUACAGGAUUGUAGAUUCCCAUAAAACAAAGUAGACUCUCGGGUAAUAGCCAGUUCAAAUAACUUACCAGCUGAAUUAUUAAAAUCUCAACCAGGACCACAAAUAUUUCUCAAAACAUUCGGCAUGCUAGUAUACCUGUUUUUUGUCCCACAAAGCCAGCACCAAACAAAAAAACCCUUCUUUUCCUUUUCAGCUCAUAUCCUCACUGAACCCCUGGAGGGUGGCUCACUCAGAGAUCAAUGGUCCUUUUUGUAGCACCAUCCUUGUUGUUUGUCUCAGAGCCACAGGAAAGCCAGACGUGAGAAAGCCAUCUAAUGUGCUAUUAAUGUUUAAUCCUUUUUGUGGGAGGCUGGCUUGGGUUGCUUCCCCUAUCUGCGUAUACCGCCACAAAAUCACAGAUGCUUUCAGUUUCUAACAUGUUAAUCCUUUGAUGCUCUCUUAUAUUUAAAAGCCUGGCCCAAUUAAACUCUAGUUUCUUAAAUAAUGAAUCAGAGCCCAAAAUGGGGUGUGGGUUUAUGUCUAAUCAGUUUCUAAAUUACUAAAGGAGUUAAAUGCAUCCAUUAGUGGAAACCACAGUAAAAGGUCCCAAUCCUCCCGUGACACAGUGCACUUUUUUUACUCAUAUGAUCUGUCAUUGAAGCAGUCUCAGUCAAAGUGAGACAUUACUUUUAUGAGCGAUCAUCAUCGUUUAAGGGUCAUCUCAGGAUUCACUUCUCAAGAUGUGCGUGAUCAUUUACUAGAUAAUUUUCUUUCAUGGAAGAUGGAAAACAUGCUCAAACCUGUAGAUAUAAAAUCUGUGAAGCAAAACAGCGUCCUCUAACCAGCCCUAUUAUAGAGUAGUUUGCAUUGCACAUUAUUUUUGAAUCCCAUAAUAGAGAAACAAUAUUGAAAUGUUUAAACUAAGAGCAGUGGACUGGAAGAUCAAGACCCAAAGAGAGGUCACAAAGACUGAUAUAGGCAGUGAGAGAUAUAUGUAAAUAAUUGAGUAAUGUUAAGUAAUUAAAAAACACAUUUUGAAUAACCUAUGUUGUCUUGAUCAUGCCAGCGGCAAACUUACUUUUUCCAUGGUUUUUAUUGUGUGACAUAUUCAACUUGUUCUUUCUCCCAACUUGUCAAAUACGACAGCUUUGUCAGUGGCGCUAUGCUUCAAGCUAUGACAGUCUGGUACCCCUUUAUCAUCAAUUUUGGAUGCUCAGAGAAGGUGUGUCAAUGUCUGCUCCUUAAAUACAAUGAUAUCCUUUCAAAAUAAACCUCCAUGUCCACAGGAAAUGUAGGUUUUGGCAACUACUAUAGAAGAGGCAGAUAAACAACUUAUUAGGUUUAGAAAAAAGAUCAUUGUUUAGGUUAAAAAAGACGUUUGUUACAUAACUUCACUUUUGUAAGUAAGUUAACAAGUAUGCCACAUGACGUAUGUAGUCUGACUCACCAGAUGUAGACUGUGGCUAUAAGCCUUCCAUUGGCUGACUAUUUAGACCAGCAUUCUCACCCCCUUCUGCUAUCUGCAUGUUACCGUUUCAAACCUCCUACAUUAUGGGAAACAACAACAACCUCUAAGCUAACAACUUACACGCUGAAAAUGGCAAGUUUUGACAAAGAUUUUGGUCAUGCAAUAAGGCAUGCCUGCUUUGUUUCUUUUGUGAAUUGUUGUAAAGGUCUAGAACAAAUAAAACAAUUUGUGAACUCAGAAAAGCUCAGACGUUGACUUGCGGGACUCUCAAGCCCGAUGCUGAUUCAUUUCUCACAACCUAUACAGUCUGUAGUGUGGUAAAGUAGAGUGUAUUUGACAAAGUUGCCAGUUAAUUAUGUCGAGGUGCCACCAGAAAGUUCACAAGUAUGGCUAUAUAUUUUAUGCCAGUCCCACAUUAUGGGUAUCAAAUAAAGUACUCCAUUGGUAUUGGUGUCACUCUAAGGAUACUGGUAUUGGUAUCUAAUUUUUUAAAUGCUACCCAGCCUGAUUUGUGACUGUUUUUGUGGCCUUACUUGCCUCCUGACCUGCAAAUGUUCCACUGAAACAAGUUCCCUCCCAACGGUAUUUUGCAAGGACACCAUAGCAUCCUGGGCUUGGUGUCACCCAAGACGAUUCUGAUUGGUUUAAAGAAAUAGAAAAUGAGCCAUAGGAAUUUUUUCCCCCUAUAGCAGAAUGAUACUAUGUGCUUACAGACCCUUCUCUAGCGCUGGUCUGGCUACACAACGCUAUGACUUAUGAGAUGUGACACAUGUCACGUGAUGAUAAUUCCAUCACAGUUUUGAAAAAACUCAAUGUUAACUUUUGGUUUAUGAUGGAACACAAACAGUUGUAUCCUGGGUGGAAGUCCUGUGUUUGUUUGACUCACCCACCAUUGUUUCCUCCCACCCUACAUGGACUUUCUCACUUUUUAAACUAUGUCAUUGUCACAGAUGGGUUUACAUUGGAGUUAGCUGAAAGCCCCAUGCAUCUCUAAAAUGCUAAAUACUACAAAAUACUAAAAGAGUGCAUUGGUAUCUUAUGCUUAGGGCCACUGACCAAGCUGCCGUAUGUGACACCCUGGGGACCUGGGGAUAACGAGAACGAGUUGGCAUAUUGGAGUGAUUUUGAAAUAUUUUUCUCGCUCUAACCCCCAUUGCCUUACACACAUACACACGCACGCACACAACAAGAGUAGCUGGCAAAAAUGGAAAAUAAAGAAGUGACUCAGAAUGAGUCACAGUCUGACUAAACUAAAAUGACUUUUUUUCCUGAAAGGCAGGUAAUGGGCAAGGUCUUCAAAGAGAGGAGAGCAACAUGAGAGGAAUUUUUGUCUGAAAGCAGGCGGGCAUCUGGGAUAAAAGAUGUGGAAGCAGCAUGGCUACACUAAAACUUAUCAUGCAUGAUUCAGUGUGCUGCUGCAAAUGAACCAUAACACACACAUACACACACACCUAACAGAAGCAUAUUGUGGGAGUAAUUCUUAAAAAAAAUAUUCAGAAACUUCAGCAUUUCUGACAAGUGAAGGCAGCCCUCUUUGAAAGCCUUAAGGAGGACAGCUUCAUUUCCACUUAAUUUUAAGGCAGGUGACAGGCAAGUAUUAACACUGACAGUGGGUUGCAAAUCCUUUCAUUUGGUAUCUUUAGACCUUUUGUCUAAUAGUCUAUUAAGUCCAUUAGCUUUUUGUGUGGGAGAUUAGCCUGUGUGGAUAAUGUGCCAAAUUUGACAAAUGGGAAACUACACUGUCUGUCCCCUCAUGAUAGCCAUAGAAGGCAUAAUGUGAUAAAAAAAAAUUAAAUGCAUGCCAUUUUUUAAUGUCCCACUAAUGUGAAAUUGUAUUUAUCUAAAGAAUGAAAAAGGAAGUCAGUUGAGACAAAUGAAAUAUGUCUUGGUGUGACUGAUUUCUUGGUCACUCUUUUAUGAGGCAGCUCAGACGGGCUGAGCGCUGCCAACGCUGCCUUUUCAACUGCCAAGCACUCUAAAUAAGAGUUUGAAGAAAGCUGAAGAUGAAUAGCCUUGUAUGUUUAUGCUGAAAGCAUUCCCUGACAACUAAAAGUCAUCAGAAUGUAGCAGACUAUGCAUGUUCAUGUAUUUUCAUGUAGGUCUCUAGUUUAAAGGAAAAAAUGCUGCUGUGAACAGUGCUGGACCUAGCACAUUCGAUACCACCACUAUAUUAUCCAUUGUUCUUUUAAAUUUACUGAACAAGAACAAGAGCUAAUGACAAAUCAGCACAAAUAAACAACUUAGCCAACAAUUUUGAGUUUUUUUAUUCACCUAUUUCAAAGAUCUGCCACUAACGGUGAAAUAAAAUUAUACCUGCAAGCUCAAAAAUAAGCACAGGGAUGGAUUUUGAAUUUGAAUUUCUUGAUGAGCUUUUCUGAGCUGGAAAAGAAGUUUGAGAACCUGUGGUUAUUCUAAAUUAUAGGUUUUACAGAGCAGAAGAGCAUUUGAAAAUUUCUCAGUAAGCCACAUUGGGCUAAGGUUUGCAUCCUGAUUGGACCCUGUUUUUUCAACACUUUUUACACACACACACACACACACACACACACACACACACACGGACUACAAAAUAUUUACACUUAUGCAUUAACUCUGCAAGGUUUAGUUUCCAAAGACGGACAAAGGACUUAAAGAAUCUGUGAAAUAUCUGUGAAUUUUGUACACUAGAUAAAAGAAAAAAAAAUGCUAAGGUUUAAAAAAAAAAUGCUUCUAUGGAUGUUUUAUACUCAGCCUGAUCUCUUGAUAUGUCUGUGUGUUUCUCUAUUUCAGUUGGCUGUUUGUCUUUGUUUACUUUGUUUAGGGGUUUUUUUCUGGUGGGUGGGGGGGUUUGGUUAUCGGGAACCACGGGAUUGACUUUUAGUACUUGCAAUGAUAUAUGUUAUAAAGGUUUAAGAACAGAGAAAGCUUAACAUAGUGUACUACAUAAAAGAAAAGUUGUUAUAUUUGCAUGACUCCCUGUAUUUUUUGAACGACAAAAAUAUAUUGUUGUGUACAAUGAGUGGACGUACAUUGAAAACAAAAACUGUAGGGGCUGAAAUAUUGUCAAGUACCUUUGGUUUGAACAUUUAGGUUUUAGCUGUUUAUUUUUUUUUAAACUCUCUGUGACGUUUUCUAUUUACAUUCUGACCUAUUGGUUUUCAUUUGGGUGACUGUAUUAUAUACCGACACUGCAGUUACCAUUACUACUCUUUGAGCCACAGGCUGGUGGAGUGUGCAGAGCAAAGAGGGGGUAAAAAAAAAGUCUGAGGCUGGUGGGUGUUUACAUCCAUCUGUUACGAGAAACUGCACUCAGUUCUUCUCCAUUACAAAGAUUAUUCUCCAUGGCACACAUGCAAAGACAUCGUCUUUGGCUUGAGGCGAGGCCCUGUCACAGUUUGUGGUUGUAUUUUCUCUUAACUCAGCCAUCUUCUAUAUGGAAAAAAGAAAACUGUUCAAGUUUUUCCAGUUAAAGACAUAAUAAAUGACAAUAUAUGUACAAAGAAUAGUGAGUGACGCAAGCACACACACACACACACACACACACACACACUGUGGAUUGUCUAAUGGUUUUAACCUAAUCCCAAUCCAUCAGUUAGAAGUCACAGGCAAGUCAAUGCAACAUCAGCAGCUUCUCUUUCAGCCUCAGCCCACUUGCUGUUAGCUAAAUCAGUGAUCUUCAUUCCUCAUCCUCUGCUCUCAGAGCCUGCUGGUGUUCUAUCCAACUAGUUAAUUGAAUUCAUCUUAUAUCCAGCCUGUUGUGAACCAGGCUUUUAUCAUUGGUCUUUUAUUAUACACUAUAUUAUACAGUCUGUCCUCUGCUGAAUAGCUUUUAGUGUGCACAGAAAAGACUGUAUCUUGACCUGAUGCAAAGAGAAUAGAUAGUUGUGCUGCUGUAGAGACUAAAACUAUAUGUUAAAAACUGAAGUCCUUAUGACAUGAAUACAGUCAAAAGACGAUCAUUUAUAUUCCACAGCACUCAAAAACAUUUUAGUUUUUAGAUAAAUAAAAUUUAAAUGAACUAGUAUGACCACAGAGAGAAACAAAUUAAGUAUAAUUGGUUUCCGUGGACAGAGUAGAGCCUUUAAAGGAGGCAGAGGCUUGAGUACAUUUCAUUUGGCACCAACCCAAUAAUGCGUUGGUAACACCUUCAGUACUGCAGCUCUGCUGAUACAUUACUUAUUGCAUUAGGGUCAGUGCAAUGACAGCAAGUCAUAAGUCAUAGCUGUGUUUACAUUCUGCAGUGAUAAAACAGGACCCCCCAGCUGAGAUGUAUAGCCCUACUCUGUGGCAAAGCCUUUGCCAAACCCUAAAGAGGCCUCCCCACGCCAAUUAUAAAGACAAAAUGAAAUGCAUUAACCUGAGGCUGAGUCUUCCCCUCAGCUUGUCAACAUGGCAAUGCUAUAUUAUAGAAUUAGCCAGUUUGUAGAGUCAUGUUUUAAUUGGGUAAAAUUGCACUUAAAUUUGAAAAGGCAGUUUUACUGGUACUGGAGGCUAAUCUGUAACUCAGAGCUUCCAUUUUUCUGAUGCCAGAUCCAGAGUGGCAAAACUUGCUAAAAGGUCCAAAUGCAGUGAGAGCAGACACAGUUCAGUGUCAGAAGCACAUCAGUCUGAUCAACGUUUAUGUUUUCCACGCUCGCGAAUAGAAGAGGCUGGGCACCCAUUGCUAUUCCAAACACACAAUCCAGUGCUGUGGUACUCCCAAAGCCAGAAUGAUUGGCCUUGUCAGUGCCAGAGAUUGAAAAACUCUGCGGCUUCCAAAAAUGGCUGUCAGUUAAGAGAGGGAAGGCAGGGGAGAGGGGCCAUCCUUGACUCAUUGAGGAAAUUAAAUGUCUGUGGAUUGAUCGGUUCAAAAGCUUAUAGUGUCUUGGCCUUGCAGCAACCAUGCACACGAUGCAGAAACAUGUACUGUUAAAUAGACAUGUUGUAGAACUCUGAGCCUAAAUCAAACUAUUAUUCAUUAAGGAUUAGGGAUAUCCAAACCUGCUCAGUCAGUCAUCAGUAUUUUGACAUCUGCUGAGCUCUAAUUCCUUUGAGCUUAGGGAUACAACUUCACACAUGUCAUGGCACAAUGUGACAUGCCAUAAGCUUCAGGACAUAUUUGAGAAAAGUACAGUGCAGAUUUUAAAUAUACAAUGUUUCAGUGGUUGAACAUUGCAUUUCUUUUGUUGUAGUGACAUAUUUUAUAUUUUUUUUAGUGACAUAUCCUUUUCCCUUUGCAAAUGCAUUUUUUUUUUCAUAUUUUUUUCCAACUCAAAGAACUGAGUAGAGACAUUUUACUGUCUUGCAGAUUGCAUCAUCUGAAAAUAAGUAUAAUUAGUAUGAAUAGCCCCUUAAAAAUAACAACACAACCAUUUUGUAAACAGUAUAAUCGCUAAAGUGCUAAAGUAUAACCACCAUCUCUGUGAUCCCUACAAGGCCAAAGGCCAAAGCUAAUUCUCACAUCAAUAUUUUAGUUCCUAUUCGGCCAUUUAUGUAACAUUUGUGUCAAUUAGGGUUCUUGCCAAGUUGACAGUAUCAGGGGGUCUUUUGGUCUUAAAAUCAAGAGGCUGUCACUGUAUCAAAUCAAAAGGCCCAUGGUCAUAUUCUAUUCAAAUCUAAUGUGACUCUCCCCUCUGGUUUCAGCUCUACACACUAAUGUUUGGAGACCAAAAGGGAAAGACAAAACAAAGGUUUGGAUGAU